GUUUGACCCGCUGAAUGUUCUGCCCAUUCUCCCAGUCGGUUUUGCAUGUGCAAAAUGGAAGACGAGGGACCCAGACACCGGCAAAGGCAUGCCACCAACGAGGCCGACGCCUCCUUGGAGCGCAUGGGGAUCAAGUCGGAUCUGCACCGCGACUCCUUUUCCAGCCUCUCGAUGCUGGGGAUGGCAUUUGCGAUCGUCAACUCGUGGUGUGCCAUUGGAACGACGGUAAACGCCUCUCUGCCCUCUGGCGGACCCAGCAGUGCCGUCUGGGGCAUCGCGGUCGCGGGCAUCUUCAAUCUGUGCUGCGGCGUGUCGCUGGCAGAGUUUCUAUCAGCUUAUCCCACUGCUGGUGGCCAAUAUCACUGGGCUGCUGUUGCGAGCUGGAAGUCGACGAGACGCGCCGUCAGCUAUAUCACCGGCUGGAUCAACCUCGCUGCAUGGGUCUGUCUGGCAGCGUCCAACUGCCUGCUCGUCAGUGGAAUAAUAAUGGGUUACGCCCAGCUGGUUUAUCCUGCCUUCGAGCCAACGCCGUGGCAGCGGUUUCUGCUGUAUAUCGCCAUCGAUGUGAUUGCAUUCAGCUACAACCUGCUGGCCAACCGCUUCCUCGCGCACCUGAAUAAAUACAACAUGUUCUUUACUCUCGCUGGCUUCAUCAUGAGCUUAGCUACGAUUCUCGCGUGCGCAUCCCCCAACUUUCAGAGCGGCAGCUUUGUAUUUGGCGGGUUUAUCAACCAGUCUGGCUGGCCAGAUGGUUGGGCCUGGCAGCUGGGCCUGCUACAGGGUGCUUUCUCGGUCACUGCCUACGACUCGACGAUCCAUAUGAUCGAGGAAAUGCCGAACCCCACGACGCAAGGCCCUAGACUUAUCAUCUAUGCCAUCACGAUGGCAGUCAUCACUGGCUUUGGCUAUAUCGCUGCAGUGCUCGCCGUCAUGAACGAUAUUCCCUCGGCCAUCGAUGCACCAGAGCCCCUCCUUGAGAUCUACUACCAGGCCACGCAGAACAAGGCGGGGAGCAUCUGUUUGAUGAUGUUUCCACUUCUUUCGUUCGUCCUGUGCGCAAUCGACGACACAGCCACCGCCGCUCGCAUGGCGUACGCCCUCGCCCGCGACGGUGGAAUGCCCUUCAGUCGCCAUUUUGAACGCGUGAGCCCCCGGUUUGGUGUGCCUGUCGUUGGACUUGUGUGGUGCUUUUGCUGGGUCAUCGUCCUUGGGCUCAUCUUCCUCGGCUCUGAUAAUGCCUUCAAUGCCAUUAUUUCGGCGGCGGUCGUCUGCUUUACCAUUACUUAUGCCAUUCCACCUGGCAUAAACCUCCUACGUGGCCGCCGCAUGCUGCCUGAAAACCGCAGCUUCAAGCUCCCCAACGUCGUCGGGUAUAUAUGCAAUAUUGCCGACGUCGCCUGGGCCUUGCUGACUCCGGUGCUCUUCGUAUGGCCGACGUCGAACCCCGUCGACCCGGUCAAUAUGAACUACUGCGUUGUUGCGUUUGGGGUUAUCCUUGUUAUCGCUGGGUCGAACUGGAUCCUGAGCGCUCGCAAGUCCUACCGGCCUCCUGCUCUGGAGCUGGUCCACAGCCAGCCUGUAGAGAUUGACGCUGAUGAAGGUACGGACGCGGGCAAGUGGGAGGCCAAGGGCCUCAGUGAUAUAGCAAAGACUGAGUAGUUAAUGUAAAUAUAGACAGAAUAAAGCAAUGCAGUGAAGUAUACUAGAAUAGAAUCAAUAUACAUCAGAUUGCAGAAGCCUG